AGUUGUCCAUUUCUUGGCUGUGCCGCUCCAGAUGCUGGGUCAUAACAAGUAGGGCAAGUAGUAGUUUUCUUCCCUUACUUUUUAUAUUGGACUCUCCAAAGCUUUUUACAGCAUAUUUAAAUAAGGUGGAGUUGUUUGUUGUUUCAUACCAAAAAUACAAAUUUGUACAAAACAUUUUCAUGCAGUUGUUCUUCCCUUUUGUAUAGCAGAACUAUAAAGGUCUUCGUUGUGUACAUAUUGUAAAUGUCAACAAGCCUUUCUAGGUUUUAAAUCUAGAUCUAAAUGUUACUGAGUUUUAAUUUUGGAAGGAACAGUAUCAUUUUAGAAGUAAAGUCUGCUCCCAACAUAGCUAUUCUGAAGUUCUUUGCUGCAUUCUUAACCUUAAAGUUUUAAUGUCAUAAUGUUUAGAAUAUGUCACAAAAUUAUUUUUCUUUAAGGUUGCUUUCAGUGCACAGGAUGAUAUGCAGAAGCACAUUCUGCAUACUUUUCUGCAUCUUCUCUCUAUGUCAUUAUGGGGUUCCCUUAAAGUGGCAUGGAAAGGAACUUUCAAGAAGUAACAAUUAUACAGAAGAACUUUCUGUGAGUGGUAAAGACUUGAAAAGAUGCGAGAACCACAGAAAUGUGUGUGUCGUGGAUACAAAAGUCUGUGCUUCUAUACCAUCACAUGGGCAGGACAGGUUUUUGAACACAUCAUGCCGUUAUCAUGUGCUACAGAGAUCCUUUGCCUGCAAAUGGAUUUAUUUAAAUAAUGUCAAAGCAACAGGGAACUCAUUCAUUUUCAGUCAACGUGAAGACUUCAAACAUUGUCCUACCAUUUUUACCCCACUCGCUGCCUUUAAUAUGAAUAUAAUAUCAAAGGAUAUCGUCAACAAAGUAGAGUUAAUCUCAGAAGCCUACACAGUAUCCAUCACAGCAAUAACCCAAGCUCCAUGUCCUGUUAUCACAUCAGUGAAUGCAACGGUAACAUCACUAAAUGUAACAUGGAACAAAGGUCACAGGCACAGCACAAAAUGUCAAAUCCGUUACAAAUGCUCCACUACAGAACAAUGGACAGUGGAUUCAUUGACUAUCUCUGAGAUGGACAAAUUAGAGAUUUCACAUGUAAUUGAUGGCCUGCAGCCUUUUAGCCAGUACACCCUUACUGUUGCCUGUAGUGGGGAUUAUGGGCUUUGGAGUGACUGGAGUGAAGAAUUUCAAGCUAUGACAUUAGAGGCUGUUCCCACUGCACCACCUUAUGUCAGUUUUUAUGUUGAGAAUUCUGGCAAAAGAUCCAAGCCUCAAAAGCUGAUACUUAUCUGGAGGGAGUUGGAGAUAAAGGAGGCCAGAGGAGUCAUUCUUGGAUAUAAUGUGACCUACACACCUACCAUGCAGCCAGGUUUGAAGAGAACAAUUCAUACUAAGGAUCAGAAAGCCAUCUUAGAGGUAACUGCAGAUGACUAUGACCUGACAGUAAUCGCCUAUAACACUGCUGGACAGUCUCCCUCAACUAAUCUUCGAGUCAAUGCUGGUGUUUUUCAAAGUCUGCCCAAGGUAAAAGGACUCUGGGCCAGCAGUGAAGCAGUUUCACUGAGGAUUAGAUGGGAGACAUCAGCUGUGAAUGUUAGCGAGUUUGCCAUUGAGUGGUUCUCUAUUGGUGGUGAUUUCUCUAAACAAUGGAAAAGACUAAAUGGCUCAACAUUUUCAACUAUUCUGACAGGUCACAUCGAGCCCCUAAAGAAAUACAGCAUCAGUGUGUAUUCUCUUUAUGGAACUCUGUGUGCACCCCCAGAAACGAUUCAGGCCAGUCUAGAGUAUGGCACCCUUUUAGACAUUAUUCAGCUGCAGCCUGUAAACGUGACAAAAACAUCCAUGACAGUCCAGUGGGUGUGGAAAGAACAAUCCUCAACCACAAAUGUUCUUCAGUACAGACUUGUGUUAAGUGGUGCCCAUGAAACAAGCUCAUUAGUGGUUUUCCCACAUCAGUGGCAGCACUCUUUCCACAACCUACAGACAAACGCCAAGUACACUGUAUCUAUUUAUGGAGAGACUACAUCUGGUAACUUUUUAAAGGCAAAUACUGAAUUUACAACACUUCGUCUUGAAAGUGAUGAAAUAAUACAAGCUGCAGUUCCAAUAGUACUUCUUAUUGUUGUAUUCGGUAUUUUCUCAGUUCUCUCAAGAACUGUCUAUAAGGACUACUUUUUCCCCAACAUCGCUAACCCUGGGCAUAGUCUUAUUGGACACUGGCUGCUAAAUCCUCCAUAUGAGAGGGAGGCUGCGGUGAAUGUGCUAAAACUGGAGGAUUUCUCUGUGACCAAUCAACUCAAUGAAAAGAGUCGCAUUCACAUAGAGCCCCAAAUGUCCUUAGACAGAGAGGGUUUUGAUGAAGACAUGGCUCUGUCAAAGAUGUCCCUUCCUGAUAACUACCCAAUAGAAAAUUCUGACAAUUUGGAGAAUUCUAUGACUUCACCUGGUUUUACUGAGUAUGUUGACCUACCUUUGUUUCAUGCUAAUUUUGAUUAUGUUGAAAACUGUGAGAUACAGCUGUGCUAGCUAACAUUUUUCAAACUGAGACAACAGUGAUCAUAACAGAAAUAGGCAAGAAGAGUAAACAGCAGUUCAGAAACUUUUUUUUUUUAAUUUACUCAAUAUUAUUUACUCAAUAUUUACUGUAUAUAGCACCCCAUAUAUGUUUUAAUUUCACACUGAUUCCUGUUUAUGUAAUAUGUAUAAUAUCCAUUUGAGGUCAGACAUCAUUGCUAAUAUGUUAAUAUACUGCAUGAAUGUAUUAUUUUAUUGCAACUUUACUUGCUUUUAAUGCAGUUACCUUGUGCAUGUAAUGAAUAAAAUGCAACUGGGCACAUAACCAGUGAUUAUUAUUUAUUAAAGAAUGACACAUCAUACAUUUUAUUUGUUUUAUAUUUACAUUUAAUGUUGUGGAACUUCUUGAAACAAGUUAUAAACUUGUGCUCAAGUUAUAAACUUAUGCAUGUUAUAGUAAAACAAUCAGUGACAUGGUGGUUUGAUGUACCUGGAGUGUGCAUCAGUACAUCCCAAAGUGUUUUAUUCCUGUUACCACAAGCAUAUACCACAGCAAAUUACCAACUAUAAAACUAACAAACAGCAUACUGUUCUGUUUACCCAUUUAUAGAUAAUGUUAUAUAGAAUAUAGAUAAUGGGACAUUGAUACCUACUGUUAAUACUUAUGUUAUAACAGCUAGAAAUGGUCACUCUCCUUACAGAAAAUAUUUCUUUGCUAAAUAACAAAAAAGUUACUAGAAAUGACUAUGUAUUAAUGAUUUAUACCACAGUGCUGUUGAGUUCUUAGAUCUGGAUGGUCAGAAAGUAUAGAUUAAUUUUCUACAACAGCAUGGCUCUGAGCACAAGUUUAUAACUUGUUUCAUGAAGUUCCACAACAUUAAAUGUAAAUAUAAAACAAAUAAAAUGUAUGAUGUGUCAUUCUUUAAUAAAUAAUAAUCACUGGUUAUGUGCUGUUAUAGGAUAACAACCAACUCCAGGGUGGUAGAACAUCUGCUUCACAUAAGGCUACAUCAGACCAUCCUGAUAACAGCACACACUGUCAUGUUUUAUUCCACACUUAAACGUUUAUGUUGUAUGUGUAAUCAAAUAAACACAAUAUUUUCAACUUC